UGUAGUCAGUAUCCUGCGCAGAAUCAAGUUGUGUUUUAUAAACUUUUUUAAUAACUAAGAAUCUUCCUCAAUUUUGCGCUAUUUAAAUUGUAAAUUUAAAGAUGUAUAGAGUCGUUCUGUUAGUAAAUUUGUUAAUACUUAGUAUUGAAGCAACUAUUCCUUCGGACACAGAAGCGAAGAUUGUGGAAUACAAAAAUGAUAACGAUGGGCUCGGAAACUACUUUUUUAGAUAUAUAACAUCGAACGGUAUAACAAGACAAGAAAGUGCACGACUUAUUAAUUCCGGACAGCCUGACGAGCAUAUUGCUGUCGAAGGAUUUUAUUCAUAUAAGGACGUCGAUGGAGUCUUACAAACAGUGUAUUACAAAGCUGAUACUAAUGGUUACAAAACGAGUACAACAUCUCGACCACGAAUUGAUGAUGUCUUUCUGGAACCGAUACCCGGAGUCCCAGAUUCUGUUGUUGCGUCAUUGUUGGGCAAAUAAACGAUUAGACACUACACAACACCAACUUAAUCAACUCAAAGUAAACUAAUAAUUUUAAAUACCAAGUUUUAUAUUAGCACUUAAUGGUAUAAAUAAUAAACCAAUAUUUUUAUACUUAUCUUAUAAUCACCCUCCAGAAGCGCUAUCGCUGUUAAAUCACAUGUCCAACACGCGGCCAGUCGCAUGCGGACAGCCGCAUAGUGCAAAUAGGAUAAUAAGAGAAAAGAUAGUCGAUUUACAGUCGAACUAGCUGACGCCAGCGAAUUAAAAAAAUAAUUUGUAGCCUAUGUGUUUUUCUAGACUAUAUUCUAUAUGUAUAC